AAAUUAAAUAGUACUCUCAGGGUGAUUGCUAGUGUACUUGAAAUAUGGCUCUCCCAGGACCCUUGGAUAAAUUAUUCAAAUAUCUUGAUGAAAACAAAGAGAAAUAUAUAGAAAACUUAAGGCAAGUUGUUGCUAUCCAGUCAGUGUCCGCAUGGCCAGAAAAAAGACCAGAAAUAACCAAGCAAAUGAAAUGGGCCUUAGAACGUUUACAAGCUUUGGGAGCGUCCGCAGAACUACGAGAUGUUGGAACCCAAACUCUACCUGAUGGACAAACUUUGCCUUUACCUCCUGUCUUAUUCGGGUCAUUGGGCAACGAUCCUAAAAAGAAGACUGUGUUAAUUUAUGGGCAUUUAGAUGUUCAACCAGCACACAAGAGCGAUGGUUGGGACACCGAACCUUUUGUGUUGACAGAAAAAGAUGGUAAACUGUACGGAAGAGGGGCUUCAGAUGAUAAAGGACCCGUUUUGUCUUGGUUGCAUGCUAUUGAAGGAUUCCAGGCGAUUGGUGAACAAGUACCCGUCAACUUAAAAUUUGUAUUCGAAGGAAUGGAAGAAAGCGGAAGUGAAGGUUUGGACCAGUUGUUACAUGCCGAGAAAAAUAAAUUCCUGGCUGGAACCGAUUAUGUAUGUAUUUCAGACAAUUACUGGCUAGGAACCACCAAACCUUGCAUUACCUAUGGUCUUCGAGGAAUCUCUUAUUUCUUCCUAGAGGUCGAAUGUGCCGAUAAAGAUUUGCAUAGUGGGGUCUAUGGUGGUACAGUCCAUGAGGCGAUGACAGACCUGAUUUAUUUAAUGAACCAACUUGUUGAUAAAGACGGAAAAAUCUUAGUCGAGGGUAUAUACGACGAUGUAGCUCCAGUAACGGAUAGCGAACAUGGCAUUUAUAAGGCAAUAGAAUUCGACGUCGACGAAUACCGCACAAACGUUGGUACUUCCAAACUUCUCCAUAACGAAGUCAAAGAAAAAAUUCUAAUGCACCGUUGGAGAUACCCCAGUCUCUCACUGCACGGAAUAGAAGGAGCAUUUAGCGAACCCGGAUCUAAGACUGUAAUACCUAGGAAAGUAAUCGGAAAGUUUUCUAUAAGGAUUGUUCCUAACCAAACGCUGAAACAGACUGAGAAACUUGUAGUAGAUUACAUUAAAAAACUUUGGGCAGCUAGAGACAGUCCUAACAAAAUGUCGGUCUAUAUGAGAGACGGUGGUGAUGCUUGGACUGAGGAUCCUAAUCAUCCUCACUACAGUGCUGCAAGUAAAGCCACGAAAUACGUGUACAAUGUCGACCCCGAUUUUACACGCGAGGGAGGUUCAAUUCCAGUAACGUUAACAUUCCAAGAAGUCACAGGAAAAAAUAUCGUGCUGUUGCCUGUCGGUGCCGGUGAUGAUGGAGCACAUUCUCAGAAUGAAAAGAUCGACGUCAGAAAUUAUGUCAAUGGGCCUAAACUCUUGGGUGCCUACUUGUAUGAAGUGGCUCAGCUCUAAUAUAUUUAAUGUAUUGUUUUUUUUACUAUAUUUAACUAAUAUCAAUAUUUUGUGAUAUUGUUCUAAUAAAUAAAGUAUUUUUACAUC